GUCGUUGGUGGGGGUGUGGGUGUCGCGGGCCGCGCUUCAGCCUCGGGGCGAGGCUUGUCCGAGAAUCUGGGCGGGGUGUGCCCCAGUCCUAGUCCUGCCUUGCCCGGCUGGAGGAAGAGGGCGGGGGUCCGGAGUGGGGGCCGGGCGCGGCGGGGGCCGGGCACCCCAUCCCCUUGCCUCCGCGGGGUGGCUGCGGGUGGCCCGGCGCCUCUCAGCCCCUCUCCCCGUAGUCGGCUACAGGCGCCACGACGAGGGAGGCCGAGCUGAGCCUGCCCCGCCGGACGCGGCCCGGCGGCCGAGCAGGAGGCGGUGAGGGGACGGGGACAUGGCGGAGACCGGCUCCGUGCACGCCACCAGGUUCGAGGCGGCCGUGAAGGUGAUCCAGAGCCUGCCCAAAAAUGGUUCAUUCCAGCCAACGAAUGAAAUGAUGCUCAAGUUCUAUAGCUUUUAUAAGCAAGCAACCCAAGGACCUUGUAACAUUCCACGACCUGGAUUUUGGGAUCCGAUUGGUAGAUAUAAAUGGGAUGCUUGGAGUGCCCUGGGAGACAUGUCCAAAGAAGAAGCCAUGAUAGCCUAUGUUGAAGAAAUGAAAAAGAUUCUUGAAAGUAUGCCCAUGACGGACAAAGUUGAAGAAUUACUACAAGUAAUAGGCCCGUUCUAUGAAAUAGUAGAAGAUAAAAAGAACAGAGGAUCUGACCUAACCUCAGUUCGAAUGGAGAAAGUCUCUAAGUAUUUGGAAGACCUUAGUAAUGUCAUGACUUCCACUCCAAAUAUAAAGGCUGUGAAUGGAAAAGCUGAAAGUAGUGAUAGCGGAGCAGAAUCGGAAGAAGAAGGGCUUUGUGAAGAGGAGGAGAAAGAACUGCAGCUAAAUGGAAAGGACUAUAAGAAUGUAAAACAAGAACCAGCAGCUGCUAAGGAUUUGGAAAGUAUUGUUACUAAUGGCUGUUACAAGGACAGCUUUAUGCCAGAUAUGCAGAAUGGCAUCCAGACUAAAUCUGCCCUGAAUGGCUUGAACUCAGAGGAGGAAAUAAAGAAAAUGGAGCCAAGCCUGGAAAUAGCUAAUAACAGUGCUCACCAAGGUGCAAAUGAAGAGAAUACUGAAGAGGUCUCAGCAACUCAGCACUUAACCAGUGAUUCAGACAGUGAAGUUUAUUGUGACUCUAUGGAGCAACUUGGACUAGAAGAGCCCUGUGUGGAGAUCAUCACAUCAGCUAAAGGAUCUUUAAAGCAUUCAUCCCAUUUCUUGGAUGUAGAUCACAGUCUUCUCUUAGAAAAUACGGAUUUUCCAAGGCACGCUUGCGUGACUUACAGGAAUCUCCACCCUGGAAAUUCUGUAGAGGGAGCAGCUCAAGAGCAAGGUGAAGUCAAGUGCGGAGGAGAAGAUGGCAAAGCCAGUAAUGGGGGCCCUCACAAGGAGAAGAAGGGUGGAGAGAAAGCAGAUUUCUACAGUGUCAGAAGAGGGAGAGGGCAUAGACUUCAGCCUCUAGGAGAUGGUUCACAAGGUGGACAGAUGGGUAGUGGCGGGGAUGGAGAGCGCUGGGGCUCGGACAGAGGACCCAGGGGUAGCCUCAAUGAACAGAUUGCAGUGGUGCUGAUGCGGCUGCAAGAAGACAUGCAGAAUGUCCUUCAGAGGUUGCAUAUGCUGGAGGCGGUUACGGCAUCACAGGCAAAAUCUGCAACACUACAGUCAAAUUACCAGCCUGCCUCCUCUGUCAAGAAACCAUCAUGGUGGCCCUUUGAAAUUUCUCCUGGUAUUUUAGCUUUUGCUGUUGUAUGGCCGUUUAUUGCCCAGUGGUUGGUACAUGUAUAUCUUCAAAGAAAGAGAAGAAAACUGAACUGAGAAUUCAUUACUUUGCUUAAAGACUGCUAGAAGAUGACCCUGAAAAGCGAAGGAAUUCUGAAUUCUUAUAGAAUCUCAGAAUCUGGGAUGAUGUUCCUGCUGUUAUAGUAAUAUUUUGUACUACCUUUGAGCUAAACAUUUAAGGACUAACAUUAUUGAAACUUGAAUGAUUCACAGCUCCUAGGUUACAAAUAAAAUAAAUUUAAUAAUGCCAUCCUCAAAACCAUAGGAACAUUAAUUGUUUUGGAAUGUGUUUGUGGAUGGGCCUUCAGUAGUUAUUGGUCUUGCUGAUGUCAGAUGAUGAAGAGAAUAUCAUCUUUGUAAAAGAAUAAGUGAAAAAUAUGUAAAGCUGUCACUUUAAUAUAGAAAUAAUUUUACAACCAACAUCCCUGCCUGUUUUUCACAGGGUUACAUAUGAUCAUCACAUGUAAGCACUAAUAAAGUAUGAAUUCAGUACAUUGUUGGAAAAAUAGAGUACAGCCCUAAAGAAUUCUACUGGUUAUUUUUGCUGCUAAACAAGUGUGGGGUGAAUUUCCAUGUAAAUUUGUCAGAAAUGCAGUUGAAUAUACCUCCCUUAUCCUUUGAGGAUGUAAAGGAGAUUUGGGAAUUGAUAUAUGUCUUGAAAGGUAGAGCCAUUAAUAACAGAGGGACUGUCGAAUACAGGUUUGGAAAUUGUGUGUGGUACAAGGGAUCCAUCUAAAGAGGCUGCACCUUAGAUUUUUAACUUUGGUAAUUGUAUUACUGUUGACAACAGCUUGUUUUAACUGAAAUACAUAGUUUAGGCACAAGGUGCUUUAAAAUGAGAUGAAAGCUACUCUGUAAGUAUAUUUCUAGGAUUUUAAAAAGCUCAGUGCACUGUAAGUUUUCUGUUGUCAGUUUAUGUCAAAUUAAAAUAAGAUUUAAUCUAGCCCUAAUCUAUUGUGGACUUUUCCUAAGGCACAUUAUGAAAAAUAUCAUAAUGUUCUGGUGUUUCUUUCUCUGUUACCCGUCUCCUUCCUUUCAAAACAAAACUUUUCAGCUAAUUUUGGUGCUGAUUCUCCCCCCCAUCCCCCACCUCGGAGUAUUUAUUAACCAAUAUACAGGUAACAGUUACAACCUUGUGAAGUUUGCUUGAUUAAAGUAUACUUUACACUUAAGUUUAAAAUAAAUUAAUAUAUGUUGUCUAAUUCUGUGGAAAAGGGAAGUGCACUAAAAUUAGACAGAAAACUAAGGCAUUCAUCUGCUAUAAAGAAUUACAUCAUAAUAUAACCUGUGUUUAAGAUCUAAAUCUUCAGAAAUUUCACCUUACUAUUGAUGUGCUUUCAUUCUCUACCUGGACUACAUCUUACAAAUAGCUUUUGAAGAAAGUUAUCUUUUGUCCUUCCUGAAAAUCUUUUAUAGUUUGGAAAACAUUUUUCAUACAAGCUAUACUGUAUAAAAAUGUGAUCACAGAAUUUAAUGUUUGUUUUACCAGAGCAAUUCUAAUCUUGUUUUUAGUUAUGUGUGUUUUUUUUUAAGAGAUACUUUUCCCCUCUUCUGAUUUUCUUAUUGUAAAGCUGAAUUAAGAAAUAAAAUGUUCAGAACCUCUUUGAA